AUGCCCAAUCUGUGGUCUUAUGAGUUCUAUUUGAAUUGGAAGGAGUGGAUUGUUCCAAGAGACGCGGUUUUGGUUGAAUCGAAUGUUGAAAACAAUGGGUUUUUUUCUGUUUUGUCUGGAAGGAUUGUGCAGUGUGAUGGUUUAAUAGGAUGUUCGAUGAGUUGCUUGUUGAAAGAGAAUCAACUGGUGAGCCUGGUUAGAGUUGGUUCGUACUUGGGUGGAAAUGAAUCAAAGUUCCGUUAUAGUUAUGUUGCAAAAAUUAUGAGUGUUUUAUAUGGAAUGAGGGAUGGCGAAAGAAGUGAAUUGGGUUUGCUUAUGGGUUCCAGUUUGAAGCAGUGUCGAAUGUGUAGGGUUUUUGGGUUGUGGUAUAAUACGGAGGAUUGGUCUUUAUAUGUAGUGUCUGAGAGGUAUGGUGGCAAGCAUUUGAAUGAUUUGGAAAAUGGCUCGCUUGGUAGAGAUGAGGAGAAAAUGAAUUUGGCUGUCAAAGAUGACAUGCCUACCUUUGCAAUUAUCGGUAUGGAGCUAUGUGAGGCAGCUAGUGAUUUGCAUUCACAAGGAUUAAUUUUGGGUAGUUUAUCUCUCCCCUGUUUCAAUGUUGAUCAUUUUGGUCGUCUUUAUAUGGAUUUGAAUGAAGUCAUGGUAUUGGGUAGGAGAGUUAGUAAAAUGAUUGCGGAGGUGGUUCGUAUGAAAUUAAAAUCUGAUGACAAAGAAUUAGAUGUGUUGCUGAAAAUGGAUGCAUUGAAAAUAGACGCAUUUGUCAGUCCAGAAAUGUUGUUAGAGUUCUUACAGAAAGAGAGUGUUGAACUGGCUUCUGGUUGCUUGAGAUAUGCAGUCGGGUAUGGUUCAGAUGUUUGGUCAUUAGCUUGUUUACUCAUUUGCCUUCUUAUCAGAAGGCCGUUUACUGAAGAGAUGCAGCAUUAUUAUGGUCUUUUCCCUUCACUGAUUGAGGAAGAGGGUUCUGAUUAUAUGGGUUUGUACACAGGUUGGAUGGAAAAAGUUAUUGGUUUGUUGGAACAUAGAUUGGGUUCGGAGUUUCUGUCAUUAAAAGAUAUUCUAUGCAAGUGUUUGAGUUAUGACCCAGGAAGUAGACCAGUUGCAACUGAGCUAUGGAAAUGCAUUAGACAGUUAGUUAUUAAACCCGAGUGUGACAUGAUGGUUGGUUUGGAGCACAAGGUGAAUGAGGAGAACUCAAGUCAUUGCUUGGUUCUUGGGGAACUCUGUCAGUUACAUCUUGAAACUUACAAAGGAUCAAAAAGAGGAAUUAUAGAUGGCUUUCAGCCUAAAGAUGACAAUGAUAAAGCAGAUGUGGAUCAAGUUGCAGAAGGGAGGGUUGACAAAGAUGUUGUUGAGGGCUUAUCUGGGAGUCAUGUAAAAAGUAUUGAUCUGAAGGGUCAUAUUGAUUGUAUCACCGGAUUAGCUGUUGGAGGGGAUUUUUUGUUCAGCUCCUCGUUUGAUAAAACAAUCUGUGUAUGGUCUCUGCAGGAUUUUACUCCUGUGCAUUCAUUUAAGGGUCACGAGCAUAGAGUCAUGGCUGUGGUUUUUGUGGAUGAAGAACAAUCGUUGUGUAUAAGCGGUGAUAAUGGAGGUGGCAUUUGCAUCUGGGGCGCUAGCAUUCCAUUUGUUCAAGAACCAAUGAAAACAUUGUACGAGCAAAAGGAUUGGCGCUAUAGUGGUAUUCAUGCCCUUGCCGCUUCUGGAGCUGGGUAUUUCUAUUCUGGAAGUGGAGAUAAGACAAUAAAGGCAUGGUCAUUGCAGGAUUACACUCUGUCAUGUACUAUGAGUGGUCAUAAAUCAGUUGUGUCUGCACUGACAGUUUGUAACGGGGUUCUUUAUAGCGGAAGUUGGGAUGGAACUAUCAGACUAUGGUGUCUUAGUGAUCAUAGUCCUUUGACAGUAUUUGGGGAAGACACGCCUGGAAAUGUGACCUCUGUUCUAUCUCUUGCUGCUGACCAGCGUUUCCUUAUUGUGACUCAUGAGAAUGGGUGCAUAAAGAUUUGGAGCAAUGAUGUCUUUCUAAAAUCCACACAAGUUCACAAUGGUGCUAUAUUUACUGUUGGCAUGGAGGGGAAAUGGCUUUUUACAGGGGGUUGGGACAAGAUUGUUAAUGUACAGGAGCUAUCAGGAGACGAGUUUCGAAUGGAUGCCAUACCAAUCGGAUCUAUUGCUUGCGAUUCUGUCAUAACAUCUCUGUUAUACAGGCAAGGAAAGCUUUUUGUUGGACAAGCUGAUCGAAUCAUCAAGUAUGUUGAUGCCGUUAAGUUCCAUAUUCUCCAAAGCAGGCAUUAA